GCACGACUAUUUACAAUAACAUUACUACUUUCUUUCUUCUUCUCGUAACCCAGAACAUGGCUUAUCAGGCGGACCAUUUAACCAAAAAUAAAAUCCUGGAAGUGUUGGGACCGGAGCAGUUGUUCAGCCUUCUCGAUGAUCCGGACACUCAGGUUACAAUGAAAACAUUGGGACUAAUGAGGAAUCUUCUAUCAGGAAGAGAGGACAUUGAUCGUAUCAUGCUUCUACAUGGCGCUCGUGUGAUGGAGAGCGUCAAGCCCAUACUGGACAGCGAAACGCGCACCGAGGAUGUUAAAGAACAGGCGCUGUGCGUGAUCGCUAAUAUCGCCAACGGCUCGUCAGCUAAGGAAUUCGUGAUGAGAGAUGAAAGCCUGUUGAAACGACUCAUGCACUACAUGAUGAACGACAGCGUCAAGUUACAAAUGGCCGCCACUUACUGUGUGUCCAACCUAGUCUGGAGCACGGAAGAGGGAGCUGUGGACAGACAACAAAAGCUUCGUGAUCUUGGAGUGCAGAAACUUCUACAAUCUCUUCUUACAACAUCAGACGUCAAUCUGUUUGAAAGGGUGAAGACGGCACUUCAGCAGUUUACGUAACAUUCGUAACAAGAAUCCUUGUACAAAGUCACAUCUUGUCAAUAAAGUGUUUAUAUCA